AUCUCCUUUCUUAACACAACCUCCUUCCCUUUGUCACCACCACCACUGCCACCAACCGUCGCCAACCGCUACCAACCGCCAACAUGCUUAAACAUCCUAAUCUUGUUAUCAAGAUUCUCCUAGCCCUCAUAUUAAGCUACACUUUUGACAAAAACAAAAUCUCUUCUACAACAUAUCUUCCCAACCAUGAAACCACCACUUAUUUAAUGAAAGAGUUAAAACUAGAUGGUGAACUUAGUUUCCAUAACAUCCACCAUGCAUCAAAAGAUUUUGGCAACCGAUACAGCUUCCUCCCACGAGCCGUUCUAUACCCUAAAUCAGUUUCUGAUAUCUCAAAUCUAGUAAACUAUAUAUUCCAAAUGGGACCAACAUCCGAGUUAACCAUUGCACCACGUGGUCACGGUCACUCACUCGAAGGUCAAGCCCAAGCUCAUCAAGGGGUGGUCGUAAACAUGGAAUCACUCGCGAAAUCUCAAGAAAUGAAAUUUCAUGUUGAUGGGAAGAACACGAAUACACCUUUUGUUGAUGUUUCGGGUGGUGAACUUUGGAUUAAUAUUUUGCGCGAGAGUUUAAAAUAUGGGUUUGCCCCGAAAUCUUGGACAGAUUAUCUUCAUUUAACCGUUGGUGGUACUUUGUCUAAUGCCGGGAUUAGUGGUCAAGCUUUUCGACAUGGACCUCAGAUCAAUAAUGUCCACCAGUUACAAGUUGUUACAGGGACAGGAGAAGUAGUAACAUGUACAAAAGAAAUGAAUUCUGAUCUAUAUCAUAGUGUUCUUGGAGGACUUGGGCAAUUUGGGAUCAUUACGCGAGCUCAUAUUUCGCUUGAACCCGCCCCGGAAAUGGUCAAAUGGAUUAAAGUUCUUUACUUGGAUUUUGCUACAUUUACAAAGGAUCAAGAACAACUAAUAUCAUCCAACAAUUCAUUUGAUUAUGUUGAAGGGUUUGUUUUGAUUAACAGAACCGGGCUCCUAAAUAAUUGGAGAUCAUCUUUUAAGAAUAAAGAUCCAGUUCGAGCUAGACGAUUUGUUUCCGAAGGAAAAACCAUUUUCUGCCUGGAAAUCGCCAAGUAUUAUAAGCAGGAAGAUGUUCAUACCAUUGAUCAGAAAAUUGAAAGCUUGUUAUCAAAAUUGAACUACAACGAAUUCACACUCUUUAUAUCAGAAGUGUCCUAUGUGGAUUUUUUGGACAGAGUUCAUGUUUCUGAGUUGAAACUGCAAGAAAAAGGAUUGUGGGAUGUACCUCAUCCAUGGUUAAAUCUUCUUGUUCCCAAAAGCAAAAUACACCAAUUUGCUAAUGAAGUUUUUGGGAAAAUUCUAACCGAUACUAGCAAUGGACCGAUACUCAUCUACCCCGUUGACAAGUCAAGGUGGAACACUAAAACAUCAAUGGUGACACCAAAAGAGAAUGUGUUCUACUUAGUGGCAUUUCUAUCAUCAGCAAUGCCAUCUUCAACAGGGACAGACAGCUUAGAAAACAUCCUAAGCCAAAACAAAAGGAUUCUACAAGUAUGCGAAACGGCUAACCUCGAAACCAAACAGUAUUUGCCACAUUACAACACACAAGAAGAGUGGAAAAAACAUUUUGGUAGUCAAUGGGAAGUUUUUGUUAGAAGGAAAUUUAGGUAUGACCCUUUGGCAAUAUUAACUCCUGGCCAGAGGAUAUUUCAAAAAGCAAUUAAUUCUUUAUGAUAAUAUUUAUCUCUUGUAUGUAUGAAGGCAUAAGAAGCUAUUAAUUGAUUACAUUGUACAUAUUAAUUAGAAACAUGUUGUGAUUUCCACUAGAUCAGUUGUAACAAUGGAAAAUAUAUGAUAUAUAACAUGGUAAUUUCCAUU